AUGUUCCUCUCUCUCGCCGCCGCGGCACCCCUCGAUGUGUACGUCCCUCCUGUGCUUGAUCCCCAUGAAGGAACGGUGUGGACGAUUGGCAACGAGUACAACGUUACAUGGGAUGCUUCGAGCCCGCCACCUCAAAUAACGAACCGUAUUGGAAGAGUUUUGUUGAGAAAGGGACCUCUGUCAUUGAAUAUCACGUUGGCAUCCGGAUUUGACAUUCUAGACGGGACAGUCCCCAUCACCGUCCCCGACGUCGAGCCUGGUGACGAUUACGCUGUAGUCCUCUUCGGCGACUCAGGAAACUUCAGCCCUGGAUUCACCAUUACGAACUAG